UUUAUUUUUCAGGAAAGAAAUGCAGGUUAUGCUCAACUGAUUCCGGUUUCAGUUGAAUGGUUUACAUUUCUCUCAGAUAUAAAUUACCAACAUCUUCCUUCUACAUACAUUCAACCAUUAAACAGCAAAGGAACCAUCCGCAGACCAAAAAUAUUUUACGAUUAUACAAAAAGAAGAUAUAUAUUUCAAAAUGGAAAAAAUGGAAAAAGAAAAACAAUCGGUCAGAUCAAUGGCCGCAGGAAUUUCUUUGAUUGGCGUGGCACAGGCCGCAAAGACUGAAAAUUCAAGCUAUGUGAAAGUGUUGUGGGGCUUUCUUACAGUGAUAGCGAUUGCCGUCUUGCUUUUUCACUUGAGCUUUUUGUUUGCUAAAUACAGAAAGUACUCCAAGCAUGCUGACAUCAAUAUAGGGUUCAGUCACCUCGACUUCCCAGCCGUAACAGUCUGCAAUGUGAACAUCAUGCGGAAGUCUAUGGUGAAGCACUCAUCAAAGGAGAUGCAAGUGUUUGUCUCUUCGCUAAAUACACAAGACUGGGUAGCCAAGGCGGCCAACUCGAGCUCAACAACAAGCACAACUGGAGCUAAAAGUAUUGUCAAGAGAGCAGCAGAUACUGCCAACACCGACCCAUAUAAUAGUACUUAUAAUGGUACAAUUACAACUUUUACAGCAUAUGCAACUUUUACAACAGAAGCAACUUCUACAACAGAAGCAAUUUAUUACGACACAGCCAAUGAUUACAACGAUGACUAUGGGCCAAGUUUCGCUUCUCAGAUGAACGAAUACUAUGAUGAAUACGUAAUCAGACAAAAGAUGCUAAAAUCGUUCUUGGACAGUUUUGAUAACGGCUUCGACUUGCCUCAAGAUACAUACGAAGAUCUCUUUUACAAAUCGUACAAUAACGACUCCUGGGAGGCUGUUUCCAACAGAUCCACAAUUGCAACAUUGGUGGAGAAUUUUAAACAUUACUACAGCCUUAUGAAUAUUACCCAGCAAAAAAAUGUCAGCCAUCAGGUCCGAGACAUGUUCAGACAAUGUUCCUUCUCCACCAGGACAUGUGAAAACUCCUAUAAACAAACGACGAAUUCAGAAUUUGGAAAUUGUUACACUAUAGAAGACUCACGGUACAUUUCAAAGAAGAGUGGACCUGCUGGAGGUCUUGAAUUGAUUUUGUUUUUGGAAAAUGACGAGUACCUGCCCUUGGUUACCAGUGGCAGAGGCGCUCACGUUAUAAUCCAUGACCGGAACACAGUUCCACUCCCAGACGAUGAGGGCAUCGCCAUACCAGUGGGGCAACAAACUAUGAUUGGGCUUAAAGAGACCAAUAUAAGUCGACUGGGAGGUCACUACAUUGCAUGUAAAGAUGUGGAUACAUUCUACAGCACCUACGGUGUCAGUUACACGAGAAACCUGUGUCAGAAAAUGUGUCUCCUAAGGAAGAUCUAUGAGAAGUGCCAGUGUCUGGACACACACUACAACUAUAUCAAUAUCUUGAUGAAGUUCGUUGACAAUAGGACCUGUCUCACACAAGAUGAGGUGCACUGCCUGGCUGAAAUCAAAGAUACUUUCGUGGGAGAUGACGAAGGCUGUGGUUGUUACAGUCCAUGCAGUGAGAAAGUAUACGAUGCUUAUAUAUCGUCCAGACAGUGGCCUAACGAUGACAUUGCAGAAGUUUUGAUCCAAGAUGUCUGUAGCAGCAAACCAAAUGUAUGCAGUACUCUGAAAAGCAAAACAAACGUGGAAAAAAGGGAAAGUUUCCUCAAACUAAACAUUUACUACAGAGACCUAAAUUUCCAAGAAAUGAAAGAGGAGUCCGACUAUGAUAAAUAUCAACUGAUGUCGGACUUUGGAGGAACCAUUGGACUUUGGCUCGGCCUUUCGAUUUUAAGUGCGUUUGAAAUAGUUCAACUCUUUUUAGGCGCAUAUUGUAUACUUUUAAAAAAGGCAGAUAAUAGAAGAGAGAAAAAGAGAGAAAGUAAAAAGAAAGUCGUGGCAGAGACUUCAGCUUAAUUUAUAAAAACUCCAUUUUUGAAAUACUAGAUCGUUUCAUAAUAACUAUAAUAUGAUUAUUUCGACACAUUCAAGGCACAUUGGGAAAAAAAAAUGAAGCUCUUAAGUCUGUAUCAUGAUAAUACUGUAAAUAGACUUUGUUUAGGGACACAACCCCAGUCAUCAUUCUCAUUAUCAUGCAACUUUUUAUAUGAUAGAGACUUAUAAUGCAAUAGGUUAUACAUUUUUUAUGGAAAUGACUUCAUUGUUGCAAUGUACUACGGAGAUGCGCAGAAAGGUGAUAGAACUGCAACUCUGUGGUAAAGAGCUUAGCUUCCAAACCUCUGAAGGCUGGCAUCAUCAGUGAAGUUUAAUGGUGCGCUCGGAGAUCUAAACAUUUGUUUAAGAGAAGAGUACAGCGAUUGUGCUAGCCACAUGCCACUCUCGUUACCAGUGGGACACAUAAACAUUUGAGCUAGGACUUAAAUGUACUCUGUAAAAGACAAUCUUGUAGUGAUGUUAUUUGUCUGAUGCCUAGCCUGACUAACAUUUCUAGAACUCAUUUGUUCUCUUGGAAAUGAAAUCAUUUAAUCCAAUCCAACUUUUUGACGUAAACGUCUCAUGUGAAGUUGAAACUGUGGUAUGUAUAUAUAUAUAUUUUGUUUGCUAUUGUUAUAAUGUUUUGCAAUGUGGGAUGCACAUAUUGUAUGACAUAUUUCCUCAAGGAUGGCUCCCUGGUCUAAUGGUAUGCCCUCUGGUGUGUAUGUUCUGUUUAAUACAACUUAAAAACAUGUUUAUAGUUACUCAUACAUAUGGAUGUUAUAUACAGUUACAAAAGAUGUCUUUAUUUAUUGUUAUUGUUACUAUUUCUAUGAUUGUAACAUAAGCAUUUAGACCCUGUAUGCAUUCUUAAUUUAUACAAAUCUGGAUGUCUGCGUUAUAAAUUACUUAUCAAUAAAGUACAUAAUUAUAACCUACCCAUUAUUUUAAAAUUCAUGACUAGUUUCAUGCAUUCGCUAGAAACCGAACUUUGUUUUUCACACACACAAUAAAUGAUGAAAAAAGAAUAA